AUGGCACGCCCUGACAAGAAUGAUGCAAUCCUUUGGCCCAUCCUCGCAGAUAAUAGAGACCCUGAAAGCCACCACUACAAGCUCAAACCAAGAAGAGACACGAUGCUGGAACAAGACAAUCACUCGCAUCCUUAUUGCGAGCAGAACAACAUGAAGGCAGCAUUCGUGCCAGUCGACUUUGCCCAUCCUUCCAAGCAAGCUGGACCAACCAUGUCUCUUGUGGAAGUAUUCCUGCGGCAAUCGCAUCAAGGUAUCUCCAACGCCAGAAGAAGCACAUCGACUGGCCAAGACGUCUCCAAGGCGCUUCCCCCGGAUUACAAGUAUCUCACACCAAGGCAGGAACAGCUUCCACUACCGACCAGUCCACCACCGCUGCCGCGUAGAUGCGCACUGGUUGACUUUGAUCAAUUGGGCAUGCCUGAUGACAUCCUGUUGCCUGCCUUGUAG